UGUUGCCUCCAGCCUAUCAACAUGGUUUCCGGUGCCCUGUAGGCCGGAAGUGAUGUUGGUCCGCUGCCAGAAGCGGGCUAAACAAGAGCAGAGGGCUGUGGGCGAGAAUUACAGUUAGAAGCGUUAUUUGUCUGGUAUAUUCCAGAGGCUCCUAUUAUCACCGGCUCCCUGGGCCGUCUCGGGUGUAAUGUGCAUGCUAUAACCGGCGGCACCCAUUGGCCUGUGUUCCCUGGAGUAGUGUGGAGCUGCAGGUGAUGUCAGAAGGCUUGUAGAGGAGAGGCACCAAUCAGGUGGUGUAUAGCUGUGGCAUGGAGGAUCAGAAGGAGAACAGACCGAUAGAACCUGGACAGGUGGACGAGGCUGAUCUGGCCUGGACAUUGUGGAAGAAUGUGGAUCUCGGAGGAGGGGUCAAACAGAAUAGUAGACUUGAUGUGCAAGAGGACAGUGCAAAUCAUUCAGCAAAAUCUUGUGGGAGUGACUUCAGUGACCCAGUCUACAAAGAAAUUGCAAUUGCAAAUGGUCGCGUGAACAGAAUGAGUAAAGAUGAACUAAAGACGAAGCUUACAGAGUUGAAACUAGAAACGAGGGGAGUGAAGGAUGUUCUCAGGAAACGUCUAAAGAAUUACUAUAAGAAGCAGAAACUUACUCAUAUUUUGUCAAAGGACUCCUGUGAGACUGAUGCAUAUUAUGACUAUAUCUGCAUCAUUGAUUUUGAAGCCACCUGUGAAGAUGGUAAUGCAGCAGAUUACGUCCAUGAGAUUAUAGAGUUCCCCAUUGUCUUGCUGAACACAAGGACUUUAGAAAUUGAAGACACUUUUCAGCGGUAUGUGAAGCCAGAAAUCAAGCCUCAGCUUUCAGAGUUCUGCAUUAAUCUUACUGGAAUUACUCAGGACAUUAUAGACCAAGCAGAUACAUUUCCUGUAGUUCUUCAAAGUGUUGUUGAUUGGAUGAGACAAAAAGAGCUGGGCACAAAAUAUAAAUAUGCUAUACUGACUGAUGGGUCGUGGGAUAUGAGCAAGUUCCUAAAUAUGCAGUGCCGCGUUAGUCGGAUUAAAUACCCUCGCUUUGCAAAGAAGUGGAUCAACAUUCGCAAGUGUUAUGGCAAUUUUUAUAAGGUUCCAAGAAACCAGACAAAGUUAACAGUGAUGCUGGAGAAGCUGGGUAUGAAUUACAUUGGGCGUCUUCACAGUGGCCUGGAUGAUUCAAAGAACAUUACCAGAAUAGCUAUCCAUAUGCUUCAAGAUGGCUGUGAACUUCGAGUGAAUGAGAGAAUGCACACAGGACAGCUAAUGACUGUGUCCAGUUCCCUGCCAUUUGAAGGGGCUGCAAUUCCACAGAAUCCACAGUUAAAAAAUUAGCCUUUUUUGUUUAUUUUCUGUCAGUUUUAGGAGCACUUUAAAAUGUUUUUAAAAACUAUUUGCUUUCCUUGUAUAGACUUGCAAACCUUAAAUGCCAUGGUGGCUUUUUAAUAUUCUGGUAAUCAUGGACAAGUGUUACUGGUUUUGGCAAUAAAAAUGUAAAUGUAUAUUUCAGUUCAUAAACUUUAGUAAAGAUUGGCCUUUAGUAAAAAUUCUAAACAUGCAUGUAAUAAUAUCAUCACAAAAUAUAUUUUGCAGACGUCUGCGUAAAUAAAAUAAAAAAAUCCUCCUUCUUUGAAGUGGAGUUGCCCCACAAGGCAAGGGUUAAAGUGUCACUAAACCCACAUCAUAAAUAUAUAUAUAUCUAUCCAUAAAUGGUGUAUUACUUGGUCACUAUGAAAUUUGUAUUUGUCAACGCAAUCUGGUUGAUCCUGCUGCUGUUUUAUCUUCGCCUUUUGUCCAUGUCCCCGGUUCAGCUAGGGAUGUUGCAGAGCAGUGUUGGCAACUCUGCACAUGCUCAGUUUUCUGUGAGUUUCUAUGCCAAGCACUUCCUCCCUAUGCCUAUCAGAUCUGAGCAGCCCAUUGACUAUAGAGUCACACAAAUGGGUGUAUAAACAGUGGUCAAUGACAGCCCACUCCCUCCUCCAAUACCCACUAACCAGUUUAACACAAUCUUGGUAGGGUAAUUAUAUGUAGAAGUAGGGAGGCUUCACAUCCCUCCUAUUCUAAGACGAGGGGUGUGACUAGCAGAAAUUCACCCACACCAUGUUGCCAAAAAUAUUUCAUUUCAAAUAUAUAUAAUAUUUGUAUGACAAAACAGUUUGAUAUUUAUUUAGCUUUAUGCUGGGUGUGUUUUUUUUUUUUUUUUUUUUUAACCAUGCGACAAGCAGCAGAGGACUAGAAGCUCCUUCUGUUUAUGGUUCCCUGCAGCCAGGCUUGGAAAGACCUGGGUUGUGUUGACCGCUGUAUAUCGAUUAGGAAAAAAGUACUUUUUUUUUUAAUUAAAAUUACAGUGCCAUCAUCCACCUCCAGAAAUAGCAGGAGUAAUGUAAAUUAAACAGUGUGUGUUUAGUAACACUAAAUUAUUUCCUUUUGUCCACAAAUAAUUGGCACACAUCUACUACCUAAUGUCUUUGUACUCUGUAUUUUAUUAAAUUAUUUCUUACUGUUU